ACGAUUAUAUAUCGCACAAAUUGCAUUCCGUAGUAGUGAGAAAAAUCGAAUAAAACAGAAAUAAUGUCAAAUUUCGUGCAAAUGUACACCGCUUUGUUUGUUAUAGGAAUGAAAGUUAAGAGACACGACAUGAAAAGUAAGAGACACGAGCUGUCAAUGGAAUAAUAUAAUUGGAUACAUGUUUUUGUGGAUAGGAGUAUGAAACUUUUUUUAUCCGGAGAAAAUGAAGACUUUACAUCGCUGGUGACAAUACUGCGUCGGAGAUUUGCGUAAUGUCAAGCAGGUAGCCGAGGAAAUAAUUGGAUACUAGAUGAGAGAGAGGUCUGAUGAAAUUGCGCAAGUGUUAUGUUUUACACCUUGAUUUAUACAUCUAAUACUAAAACAAUGUCGAGUACGGUGAUGCAACAAUUUGUCCAACGACUGAAGUCUAGGAAUGAGGAGGCACGUAACAAGGCUGCGCGUGACUUGUGCCUCUAUGUUAAGAGAGAGCUGCGAGAGGCGUCGCAGGAGGAGAUCACGGCUUUCAUGGAUGAAUUUAAUCACCACAUAUUUGAAAUGGUAUCCGCCUCUGACGUAAACGAGAAGAAGGGCGGUAUAUUAGCCAUAGUUUGCCUUAUAGGCGCAGAUGUAGGGAAUUUUAAUACAAGAACAGCACGAUUUGCCAAUUAUCUUAGAAACUUGAUACCUUCUAACGAUGUGGGCGUUAUGCAAUUGGCCGCGAAGACUGUCGGAAAGUUGGCCCUGGUUUCGGGCACUUAUACAGCCGAGUAUGUGGAGUUUGAAGUGAAACGUGCCUUUGAAUGGCUUGGCGCAGACAGACACGAGGGCAGAAGACACGCAGCUGUGCUUGUUCUGAGAGAACUCGCUGUCUCUGUGCCAACGUACUUUUUUCAACAAGUUACACCGUUUUUCGAUUUGAUAUUUAACGCUAUACAUGAUCCUAAACCUGCUAUUAGGGAGGGCGCUGUGGAAGCUUUGAGAGCAGCUCUGGUAGUCACUGCUCAGAGGGAAACUGCGAAACAGAUGCACAAGUCUCAGUGGUACAAGCAGUGCUUCGACGAAGUGGUGGAUGGAUUCGAGGAGGUUCAUACAAAGGAGAGAGGCAUCAAUCGAGACGACAGGAUACAUGGCUCGUUGUUGGUGUUGAACGAGCUGCUGAGAUGUAGCAACGUUCAAUGGGAAAGGAACUACGAGGCUUUAAUGGAGAGACUUAACGGUUCUACGCAGAAUGAAAACGAUAUCCUUGCUUUGAUGCCACGCUUGAAGACUACGAUAGUGUCCAAGUGGAGCAGGUCCACUCAAAAUGCCUCUACGUCCCAGCACACAUUAUAUCCAGCGCACGAGUCAGCUGUUUGCAGAUGUUUGAUGCAAGAGAGAUUGGACGAUAUGUAUAACGACAUUAUGAAUCAGAAGAUAUUUCGAAAUCCACACAUUCAACACGCUCUUAUGAUGUUGCUGCCGAGACUUGCCGCAUUCAACAAGGAGAAAUUUAUAAGGGAUCAUCUGAAAGAGUCUUUGUCGUAUCUUCUACUGAUCUUGAGGAGUCGCGAGAAGGAUCGCUACGCCGCUUUCACGUCAAUUGGUUUUAUAGCUGUAGCGGUGGAGGACGCGAUAAAUCCGUACCUACCGAAGAUUAUGGAAGUGAUCAAAAAUCUGUUACCGUCUAAGGAAACACCGAGCAAGAAACGUACCUCCCUGGAACCCGCCGUAUUCGUUUGUAUCACUCUGCUUGGCCACGCAGUUAAACAGGUCAUAGCUUCUGACGUUAGAGAUCUGUUGGAGCCGAUGUUCCAAACUGGAUUGAGUCCGAUUUUGACCACCGCGCUCAGAGAGCUGGCGCACAGCAUUCCGUCUCUACAAGUAGAUAUAUCUCAAGGUCUCUUACGUAUGUUAUCUCAGGUCUUGAUGCAGAAGCCGCUGAGACAUCCCGGAGCACCGUGGACGGUGACCAGUCCCAACUCCACGGCGGAUGACGUCACGUCGACGGUGCUUGCCCUGAAGACUCUAGGCACCUUCAACUUUGAUAAUAAUCCGCUUUUGCAAUUCGUCAAGAGGUGCGCCGAUCACUUUUUAACGUCGGAACAGGCGGAGGUCCGAUUGGAGGCUGUGAAAACCUGUUCCAGAUUAUUGAGAUUAACCCUGAAUCAGUCCGGUCCUACAGUAAUCACCACCGUCUCGACUGUUCUUGGUAAACUGUUGGUGGUGGGAAUAACCGACACGGAUCCCGACGUUCGACUUUGGGUAUUGGCAUCGUUGGACGACUCCUUCGACGUUCAGCUGGCGCAAGCGGAGAAUUUGUCCGCGCUGUUCAUCGCUAUGAACGACGAGAUGUUCGAGAUACGAGAGCUGGCGGUUCGCACCGUCGGGCGACUCAGCACGUUGAAUCCCGCUUACGUUAUGCCGUCGUUGAGAAAGACCCUGGUGCAAUUUCUCACGGAGUUAGAACACUCGGGGAUGGGCCGCAACAAGGAGCAAGCCGCCCGAAUGCUGGAUCAUCUAGUCGUCACCGCGCCGAGACUCGUUCGCCCGUACAUGGAACCGGUCCUGAAGGUUCUCGUCCCGAAGUUAAAGGAAUCCGAUCCGAAUCCCGGAGUAAUACUCGCCGUUUUGCGCGCGAUCGGCGAUCUGGCGGAGGUGAACGGCGCCGAAAUGCAGCAAUGGAUGCCCGAGCUCUCGUCGAUAUUGCUGGAAAUGUUGGUGGACGCCAGCUCGCCCGAGAAGAGAGGCGUGGCGUUGUGGGUCUUCGGUCAGCUGGUCGGUAGCACGGGUCACGUGGUAAAACCGUACAUGCAGUAUCCGACCUUGCUGGAUGUUCUCAUCAACUUUCUCAAGACCGAGCAACAACCGAUCAUCAGAAGAGAGACCAUUCGGGUACUCGGACUGUUGGGUGCGUUGGAUCCGUACAAACACAAGAUGAAUCUCGGACAGAUCGACUGCCAGCUGGACACGCUCAGCUCGAUGGCGGACACCAAGAGCGACGUGGAGAGUACUCAGGACCUGACCACCAGCGAGAUGCUGGUGAAUAUGUCGCCGUCCACGUUGGAGGAAUUUUAUCCGGCGAUCGCCAUCACGACGCUCAUGCGAAUCAUUCGCGAGCCGACCUUGUCUCAGCAUCACACCAUGGUGGUACAAGCGGUGACCUUCAUAUUCAAGAGUCUCGGGAUAAAAUGCGUGCCAUAUAUCUCGCAGGUGAUGCCGAGCUUCCUGAACGUCGUGCACACGGCGGAUAUCAAUUUUCGUGAGUUCCUGUUCCAACAACUGGCUGUGCUCAUCGCGAUCGUGAAGCAACAUAUACGAAAUUACUUGGACGACAUCUUCACCCUGAUCAAAGAAUUCUGGACCGUAAACAGCCCGUUGCAAACCACGCUGAUACUUUUGGUCGAGCAGAUCGCGGUGGCCCUGGGCGCGGAGUUCAAGAUCUACCUGCCGCAGCUGAUGCCGCCGAUUCUGAGAGUCCUGACACACGACACCAGCAAGGAUCGCGCAGUGACGGUGAAGUUGCUCUUGGCGCUACAGACAUUUGGGAACAACUUGGACAAUUAUCUACAUCUCGUUCUACCGCCGAUUGUCAAACUCUUCUACGCGAAUGAUUGCCCAAUAGCCGUGAAUAAGGUCGCUCUCGAGACAGUCGAUCUUUUAGCGGAUACCCUAGAUUUCACGGACUUCGCUUCACGAAUCGUUCACACCUUAGUACGCACGUUAGACCAAUGUCCAGAAUUGAGGAACACAGCCAUGGACACGCUCUGCGCCGUUGUGAUGCAACUGGGCAAGAAGUAUCAGAUCUUUAUAGUCUUGGUGCAGAAGGUCAUGACGAAGCACAAGAUCGUCAAUUCCCGAUAUGACGUUCUGGUAGACAAGAUCCUCACCGACACGACCACGGCGGACGGUGAGGAUUUCCUGUUGAUGAGGCUGCGACACUCGCGCAACAAGAAUCGCGAACUCUCCCUGACGCCUUCAGAGACGACGACGAUCAAGAAGUUGCACGUGUCGGCCUCUAACUUGCAGAAGGCAUGGACGGCGACGCGGCGAGUAUCCAAGGACGAUUGGCUCGAGUGGCUACGGUGCUUUUCCAUCGGUCUACUCAAAGAAUCUCCGUCCCCAGCUCUGCGAUCCUGCUGGGCGUUGGCGCAGACGUACGCUGUGCUGCCGCGGGAUCUCUUCAACGCGGCCUUCGUCUCCUGCUGGACCGAAUUGAACGAGAAUUACCGAACGGAACUGAUACAGACUCUGCACCAAGCAUUGAUGGUUCCCGAUCUACCUACCGAGGUGACGCAGACCAUCUUGAACCUGGCCGAGUUCAUGGAACACUGCGACAAGGGUCCGUUGCCGUUGGACAAUAAGAUCCUCGGGGACACGGCGAUGCACUGUCGCGCGUACGCCAAGGCGUUGCACUACAAGGAAGACGAGUUUCACAAGAGCAGAAGUAGCAACAUAUUCGAGUCCCUGAUCUCCAUCAACAACAAGCUUCAGCAGAAGGAGGCCGCCGAGGGUCUGUUGGAGUACGUAAUGAAUCAACACAAUCAACAGGAUCUCAAAGUGCAGAUACGUUGGUACGAGAAGCUUCACAACUGGGACAAGGCGCUGCAACUCUAUCAGGAACGUCUGGAGAGCGAUUCCGCGGACGUGGAGUCUAUUCUGGGCGAGAUGCGUUGUCUGGAGGCCCUCGGUGAGUGGGGCCAGCUGCACGAGGUCGCUACGAAGCAAUGGUCGUCGAAUCAGUACGACGACGUCAAGCAAAGGAUGUCGAGGAUGGCGGCCGCCGCGGCCUGGGGUUUAGGCCAAUGGGAGAGUAUGCAGAAGUACGUCUCGUUGAUACCGAAGGACAGUCAAGACGGAGCAUUUUACAGGGCGGUACUGGCGAUCCACGACGAACAGUACAACGUCGCGCAUCAGCUCAUCGACAGCGCGAGAGAUCUGUUGGACACCGAGCUGACCGCGAUGGCUGGCGAGAGCUACCAACGGGCGUACAACGCUAUGGUGGAGGUGCAAAAGUUGGCGGAGUUGGAGGAGGUGAUACAGUUCAAACUGGUACCAGAACGCAGAACGGCUAUCAAGGCGAUGUGGUGGGAGAGACUUCAAGGUGGACAGAGGAUAGUGGAGGACUGGCAGAAAAUCAUACAGGUGCACACAUUAGUGGUCUCGCCCCAGGAUGACAUGUACACCUGGCUCAAGUACGCUAGCCUUUGUCGGAAGAGCGGCAGCUUGAUGCUGUGUCACAAAACAUUGGUGAUGCUGAUGGGCACAGAUCCGUCCUUGACUCCGGAUCAACCGUUACCGACCACUCAUCCCCAAGUGACUUUUGCUUACUGCAAGCACUUAUGGGUCGGGAAUAAACGCGAGGAAGCUUACGGCCAGCUGCAGCGCUUCGUGCAGACUUAUUUGCAACCGACGACGGCGGUGGUGACGACGAAUCAGGACGACGAGAAGCAGCACGAGAGCAAGAAGAGGUUGCUCGCCAAGUGUUAUCUCAAGCUCGGCGAGUGGCUGGAAGCGUUGCAGGGUAUAAACGAGCGUUCCAUUCCCGCGGUAUUGUCUUACUACGCCGCGGCAACGGAACACGAUCCCACGUGGUACAAAGCGUGGCACGCUUUCGCCUACACCAAUUACGAAACCGUGUUAUUCUACAAGCAUCAGCAGGGCAACGAUUCCACCCCCGCGGAAACCGUACCCGGAAACAACGGAACGCGCAAUAAUCUUUCCAGUUCGCAAUAUAUAUCUCAAUUUACUGUUCCAGCUGUGGAAGGAUUUUUCAGAUCCAUCAACCUGUCGGAUGGCAAUUCUCUGCAGGACACUCUUCGUUUGCUGACACUCUGGUUCGAUUACGGACAAUGGCCGGAAGUGUACGACGCCGUCGUCGAGGGUAUAAGAUUGAUAGAGAUAAAUACUUGGCUGCAAGUGAUCCCGCAACUCAUAGCCAGGAUCGACACGCCCAGAGCGUUGGUCGGCCGUUGUAUACAUCAUCUUCUUAUAGAUAUAGGAAAAACGCAUCCUCAAGCACUGGUUUAUCCACUGACGGUAGCUUCGAAGAGCGCCAGUCACGCGAGGAAGACUGCAGCCAACAAAAUUUUGAAAAGCAUGUGUGAGCACAGCCCAACGUUGGUCCAACAAGCCAUGAUGGCGAGCGACGAGCUCAUCAGGGUCGCGAUUUUGUGGCAUGAGUUGUGGCAUGAAGGCCUGGAGGAGGCCAGUCGAUUGUACUUUGGUGAGAGAAAUGUUAGAGGCAUGUUCGACACGCUGGAGCCUCUGCACGGUAUGCUAGAAAGGGGACCGCAAACCUUGAAGGAGACUUCCUUCAAUCAAGCUUACGGAAGGGACUUGAUGGAGGCGCAAGAAUGGUGCCAUAGAUACAAAGCGUCGCGAAACGUUCGGGAUUUGAAUCAAGCCUGGGAUUUGUAUUACCACGUAUUUCGAAGGAUAUCCCGACAACUGCCGCAAUUGACCAGUUUAGAAUUGCAAUACGUCAGCCCGAAGUUGCUUCUCUGUCGAGACCUGGAAUUGGCUGUACCGGGAAGUUACAGUCCUGGCCAACCUAUAGUGAGAAUAGCUAGUAUUCAUAGCUCUAUGCAAGUGAUAACCAGUAAACAGAGACCAAGGAAACUGUGCAUUAAAGGUAGCAAUGGUAAGGAUUACAUGUUUUUAUUAAAAGGUCAUGAGGAUCUGAGGCAAGAUGAGAGAGUGAUGCAAUUAUUUGGUCUAGUCAAUACUCUUUUGUUGCACGAUCCAGAUACAUUCCGAAGAAAUCUCACUAUUCAGAGAUAUGCUGUGAUUCCAUUAUCCACAAACAGUGGAUUGAUCGGUUGGGUACCUUAUUGUGAUACGCUUCACACUCUUAUUAGAGAUUAUCGAGAAAAGAAGAAGAUAUUACUCAAUAUCGAACACAGGAUAAUGUUACGAAUGGCACCUGAUUACGAUCAUCUCAUGCUGAUGCAGAAAGUCGAGGUAUUUGAACACGCGCUCGAACAUACACACGGGGACGACUUGGCGCGACUCUUGUGGCUAAAGUCUCCAUCGAGUGAGAUAUGGUUCGAUCGCAGGACAAAUUAUACGCGUUCCUUAGCUGUGAUGUCUAUGGUGGGAUACAUACUUGGUCUCGGCGACCGUCAUCCUUCCAAUCUGAUGCUGGAUCGUCUCAGCGGUAAAAUACUACACAUCGACUUCGGGGAUUGCUUCGAGGUGGCGAUGACGCGCGAAAAGUUCCCGGAGAAGAUCCCGUUCCGUCUGACGCGAAUGCUGAUCAACGCGAUGGAGGUGACCGGUAUCGAGGGAACCUACAGAAGAACCUGCGAAUCCGUCAUGUCCGUACUACAUCGGAACAAGGACAGUCUAAUGGCAGUCCUGGAGGCGUUCGUAUACGAUCCUCUUCUCAACUGGAGGUUGAUGGACAACGCGGCACCCAAGGGUAAACGAUCGGACGCCCAGAGUAUGAGUGCCAGCAGCAGCCAGGAACACGGCGAUAUGCUCGAUUCUCUUACUGCCACGUUGCCAAAGAAGGGUGUACCGUGUAGCAUUGAAAAUGGAGCCGAUAACAAUCAACCAGAAGCAUUGAAUAAGAAAGCUCUAGCAAUUAUAACUAGAGUCAGGGAUAAAUUGACAGGACGUGAUUUUUCACAUGAGGAAAGUCUGAGCGUUCGACGACAAGUCGAUCUAUUAAUUCAACAGGCUACAAAUAAUGAAAACCUUUGUCAAUGUUACAUUGGAUGGUGUCCAUUUUGGUAAAAGUGAGACAAAAGCUUUCAAGAUGAAGUCUCAUUACGUAAGCAAUUACUCGCUUUUGUAUUUAUAACUUUACAAAGUUAUUAGUUAAGUUUAAUUUGAUGAUAAUCAUAUCUGGUGUACAUAUAUAUAUAUUAUUAUAUGAUUUAUAUGUAAUAAAGAGUAACAAUCGGGAUAUAGUAUAUACAUGCAAAUAUAUAUAUUAGUGCAUCGUGUACAAACGUUGUUUAGUUAACAAUUAAUGGUACUAUUAAAAAACUUUUUUUUUAACUUUACAACAAUGAUUUGUUUCAAUGUUACACGUUGUACAAUAAUAUAUUUUAAACAAUAUACAAAUAUGAUAUGAAUGCGUCAUUGUAAAUAAUCGCUUCUGCAUCGAUAAACAUUUCAUUGAAAUAAAACAUUUAAUCAUAUAAUUAUAUAAAAAGUUCUGCGAAUGUAUCAACUGGAUAAAAAUAUCCGAAUUAUAAGAGAAAUAGAAAAACUUAACGAAAUUUAUAGCUUCAUUUACAGUGAUCGUAAAUCGUCAGCCUUGGAAUCGCUUGAUAAAUUACGAAGACUCCGAGUUGCUUGUGGAAAACGGCGAGAGCGGAAACAGCUCGCUCGUCCUAGUCCGCAGGACUCGCUUCAUCUCGCUUUUCGUCAAGUAGAUGGGUAUGUCACCGCUGAACUCGGAGAUGACCUGUCUGCAUAUCCCGCACGGAGUGGUAAACGGGGCGUUCUCCUGGUCGGCGACCACAGCCAGCGUCGUGAAUUUUGUCUUUCCCUCCGUCACGGCGUUCACGAUCGCCGUGGUUUCGGCGCACACGCCCGCCGGAAACGACGCGUUCUCCACAUUGCAGCCCCGCGAAAUGCUGCCGUCAACGCAUCGCAACGCGGCCCCGACCUUGAAGUUGCUGUACGGCGAGUAGGACUUCUCGCGCACCGCCGCGCUCUCUCUUAUCAGCUCUUGAAUGUCCGCGUCUGAAAAAAUUCAUAUGUUUGUUAGUGAAACCACUCUGGACUAGUCACGAGAAUCCAGAGAUUCCUGAUUAGUUAAUGAAUAAUUAGUAUAUGAGUCGUUAUAUAAAUAUAUAUAGUAUAUAUAAUUUUAAAUCUAAUUUUUAAGGAUAAGAAGAGAAGGUUCAAAAGUAAUAUAUUUUCAAUAAUCUCAAUUCUAUCAUCUCUUAAAUUUCUUUAAAGAUGGAGAUUAAAGUUUUGUUUUUCUUUAAUGCAAAAGACUUCUGGAUGGUUUUUCUUCUCGCUAAAAAAAGUUGAGAUUUUAUUAUCAAUAUGAUUUAAUAAUGCAGAACAAAAAUAUGGAUUAUUUCACAGCAUUAUUAUCUAAUUGGACCACAAACAUGUAUUUGACAAACACCAAAAUGAAAAGAUAAUACAAUGUUAUAUAUAAUGUAUAUAAAAUAUGUGUAUGUACACAAUAAUAUUCAUAGAUAUUAGACAACUGAUAAUAUUGGCUCUAUAUUUGAUGUUUGUCAAAUACAUAUAUGUUUGCGAUCCAAUCAGAUGCAUUUAUGUCAUAAAAAUGUGCUGAUAAGAACUGAUAAAAUCAUCAUUUAAAUGAAAAUUAAAUAAAAUUGUGAUGUGUGUGUGCAAUUGGAGUAAAUCCUUCUUAUCACUUAGCUGAUACAAUUAAGUGCGAUACUUUGCUAAGUAAUAAACUUGAUGUAUAUACUGCUGUGAUGUACAUAUUACAUACUUCAGAAAACAGUGA